AUGGGCACGCUCGAGGUGUCGGAGGAGCCGCUGCCGCCCGAGUGGGAGGUGCUCAUGUCGCGCUCCAAGAACAUGCCGUACUACUACAACGCGCAGACCAAGAAGGUCUACUGGGCGGACGACGAGCUGCCGCGCGGCUGGUCGCACCAGUUCGACCGCGACGGCCGCCGCUUCUACUUCCACGUGCGCGACAAGAACGCCACCAUCUCGUAUGACAAGCCCGUGCUGCGCGCGGCCGCGAGCCCGUCGCCACCGUCCCCGCCCGCCAAUGACGUCGCGUCUCCCGAGCCGCUGCCCGUGCCGGCGCCGUCCUACGACUCGCCGCGGGCCCCGCGGAGCUCCGACUCGCCCAGUGGCCACGCUCGCCCGGACUCCGGCGAGCCGCCGCGGCUCGUGCGCAAGAAAUCCAACUCACUCAUGGACCUGCUGAGCCCCGGGCCGCCCGCGCUCGGAGCGGAGCAGUCUCAAGAUGAGGCUUCUCCGAGGGCGCCAACGUCACAGCCGGCGAGGACCAUGCAUAUCUCCAACUUGAUGUCGUCUCCGGAGCGGCCGCAGCGGAGCGAGGACAGAGGCUACGGCGCCAAGAGGUCGUACGACGCCAUGUCGAGGGACUACGGCGACGACAACGGGGAGAGGGAGCGGGAGAAAGACCCGGACGCUGCCGCCGCCUUCUACAACCAACUGCAGCGGAGCGCGCAGAGCGACCGAGCGGACAGUUUGUUGUUCCACAUGCGCGCGCUGAAUAACUGGGUCAAGUCCAUCCUGAUCAACGAGUACUCGCGACGGGAAGGAGACCGAGUGCUGGACUUGGCCUGUGGCAAGGGUGGAGACCUGAUGAAGUGGACCAAACGCAACCUGGCCAUGUAUGUGGGCGUGGACAUCGCCCAGAAGUCGCUGGAGGACGCGGUGGAGCGGUACACGUCGUUCUCGCGCGGGGGAAGAGGGGGUGGAGGAGAUCGGGACAGGAAGAAGACCGAAGUGCAGUUUAUUCAGGGAGACUUGGGAGUCGUGGACCUGCUGCGCGACGAGAUGCACUGCUGGAGUGAGCACGAAGGUUGGCACGACGCGGUGCCGCUGCCAACCUCUGCGAUUGGCAACUUCAACAUCGUGUCGGUGCAAUUCUCCUUCCACUACAUGUUCGGCGACGCCCAGCGCGCAAACCGCUUCUUCUCCACAGUGCACGAGCUGCUAGCAGAUGGAGGCGUGCUGAUUGCUACGACCGUCGACCCGAACAAGCUGCUGAUGAAGUACUACCAAGGCCUGCGGCCACCCGAGGCAGAGAAGGAGGACCAGGAAGCAAAUAAACCUGACGUCAGCAUCGUGGACGAGAAGAAGCGCGAGGUGUGCUGCAUCCGCUUCGACGCAGCUACGCGCGCGCAGCUAUCCGGACCGGAUGCGGCCUCGGAAGGUUCCUUCGGUCUGCGUUACAACUUCACGCUGCGCGAUCGCGUCGAGGAGAACGCUGAAGGAGGCGGCGGCCAAGCCGUCGACCUGCCCGAGUACCUCGUGCCGGACGAUUUGUUGGCCAAGCUUCUGCGCGAACACGGCUUCGAGCUGCUGUUGAAGCAGAACUUCCACCGCUUCAUCCAGCAGCGCAAGGAUCAGGACCGCAACCGGACGCUGCUGGAGAAGAUGCACGUGACCAACAUCCGCGGUUCGAUCUCGGACGCCGAGUGGGAAAUCGCUGGUCUGUACCAGGUCCUCGCCUUCAAGAAGUCGUACUAG